AUGGCCAAGUUGAGAGCUGUUGUAAAUUUGCUGAGGGACUUUGUAUCAUUCUUCUUGAUUGCGGUGAAGAAAAGUAAUUGGUCAUUGCUUAUUAUUUUAUCUGAAGCAUUUACGAGGUUACUUCCUCUUAAUCUUUUACGAGGCGGUUCUUCUGACAUUCUGCAAAAAAUUAUUUUCUUCUACAAGCCUAAAAAAUAA